AUGUUGGAAGGCGGUGGUUCCCAGUCCAUCCUCGGGGAUUCCAGCCGGGGAUCCCUGCUGCCCUCCACCCCGAACGCAGCAUUCCUCUCCCCCAAACUGCAGCCAUUCUGCCACGAUCCGGAAGGCUGGGGACCUCUCAGUCAGUUCAGGUUCGACCUGACCCCGUGUUUCCUCGACUUUGGAGUCUCCUUGGUUGCAGUCUGGGGCAUUAUCGCAGGUGCAGGUGCCCUUUGGCUCCUGCUCAAGAAGAGAGUGCCUCAGCCAGUCUCGAAAAACUGGCACUUCUAUGCGAAAUUGGUUGUUCUGUCCGCCUUGAUCUUCACCACUGCUCUCCAGGCCGCCAUACAAAUCGAAUCCUACCCGAAUACCUGGUUUGACGACUAUCGCUUCUGGAGCUCGGUCCUCGUUCUUAUCUCUCUCGGAGUCAUCUUCGCAGUGCAAUAUCAUGAACACUGGCGCAGCAGACAGCCCAACGGCGUCGUACUUUUCUACUGGCUUUUCUUCUGCAUCGGUUAUGGAAUCAAACUCCGGUCGCUCAUUUCACGUAAACUGUACGAGGAUCGCCUGCCAUACUUCGUUUGCUUCAAUGUGAGCUUGGGGCUGGCUCUGUUGGAGUUUGCACUCGAGUAUCUGGUUCCGAAGAAGCAAAGUGAUUACGAUGCGCUCGGAGACGAGGAUGAGUGUCCCUACGAGUACGCGGAUAUCUUCUCGGUUCUCACUUUCAGUUGGAUGACCCCGAUGAUGAAGUUUGGUUACAACAACUUUCUGACCCAGGAUGAUCUGUGGAAUCUCCGUCGUCGGGACACUACCGGUGUAACCGGGGGCGCUCUCCACGAGGAAUGGGAGGAAGAAUUGCAGAAAAGCAAGCCUUCACUUUCACUGGCUCUGAUUAGAGCGUUUGGUGGGCCCUUCAUCCGUGGUGCGAUCAUCAAGUGCGGCAGCGAUGCCUUGGCCUUCGUUCAGCCGCAACUGCUCCGUCUUCUGAUCAAGUUCAUCAACUCGUAUGGAACUCCGGAGCCUGAGCCGGUCAUUAGAGGUGUAGCCAUUGCGCUUGCCAUGUUCCUGGUGUCAAUUUCGCAGACUCUGUGCUUGCACCAAUAUUUCCAAAGGGCCUUCGACACUGGCAUGCGCGUCAAGUCUGGUCUAACUGCCAUGAUCUAUGCCAAGUCUCUGAAACUGUCAAGCGAAGGUCGCACAAGCAAGACCACAGGUGACAUUGUCAAUCACAUGGCUGUCGAUCAGCAACGUUUGUCUGAUUUGACCCAGUUUGGUGUGCAGCUUUGGUCGGCGCCCUUUCAGAUCACUCUCUGCAUGUUGUCUCUCUAUCAGCUUGUGGGGGUGAGCAUGUUUGCAGGUAUCGGUGUCAUGAUUCUCAUGAUCCCUCUUAACGGCAUCAUUGCGCGCAUGAUGAAGAAGCUCCAGCUCAUUCAGAUGAAGAAUAAGGAUUCGCGAUCCCGACUUAUGACCGAGAUCCUGAAUAACAUCAAGAGCAUCAAGCUCUAUGCUUGGAACACAGCAUUCAUGAACAAGCUUAGCCACAUCCGUAAUGACCUGGAGCUGAACACACUCCGCAAGAUCGGAGCGACCCAGUCGAUCGCCAAUUUCACAUGGCAAUCCACUCCUUUCCUCGUCUCGUGCUCCUGUUUCUCUGUUUAUGCCUUGACAUCGAACAAGCCUUUGACCACCGACAUUGUCUUCCCAGCACUCACCCUGUUCAACAUGCUUACGUUUCCUCUGUCGAUUCUGCCAAUGGUGAUUACCGCGGUUAUUGAGGCUUCCGUGGCCGUCAAGCGUCUCACAGACUACUUCACCGCUGAGGAAUUGCAGACCGAUGCUGUCACUCGCGAGGAAACCGUGGCCCACGUGGGAGAUGAGUCUGUUCGGAUCCAGGAUGCCUCUUUCACCUGGAACAGAUACGAAGGCACUCAUGUGAUUGAGAACAUCAACUUUAGUGCUCGCAAGGGCGAACUCAGCUGUAUCGUCGGUCGCGUCGGUGCCGGAAAAUCUUCUUUGCUUCAAUCGCUCCUGGGCGACUUGUGGAGAACCGAAGGAGAGGUGAUUGUCCGUGGCCGCGUCGCUUAUGUCGCGCAACAGGCCUGGGUUAUGAACGCUAGCGUCCGCGAGAAUAUUGUCUUUGGACAUCGGUGGGAUCCUCAGUUCUACGAGCUUACCGUGGCAGCGUGUGCCUUAACCGACGACUUCAAGAACCUGCCCGACGGUGACCAGACCGAGGUCGGAGAAAGAGGCAUCUCCCUCUCUGGUGGUCAGAAAGCCCGCUUGACCCUUGCCCGAGCUGUCUAUGCUCGCGCCGAUAUCUACCUGCUCGAUGAUGUUUUGUCUGCGGUCGACCAGCAUGUGGGACGCCAUCUGAUCAACCAGGUUCUGGGUCGCAAUGGUAUUCUUGCCAGCAAGACAAGGAUUCUCGCCACAAAUGCUAUCCCUGUUCUGAAGGAAGCGGACUUCAUCGGCUUGCUACGUAACAAGACUUUGGUUGAGAAGGGAACCUACGAGCAGCUUCUGGCUAUGAAGGGCGAAGUUGCUAACUUGGUUCGCACCACAAUGAAUGACUCGGAUGACGAGGGUUCUGGCAGCGAGAGCCGUGAUCCCGCUAGCGAGAGCUCCGAGUCUACUACUGUUAUCGAAACUGGUGACUCGGAUAUUUCUGAUCCAGAGGAAGCUGAGCGCGAAAUUGGCUCUCUUGCACCUAUCAGAGCUAGUGUUGAUCGGAGGCAGAGCACAGUCACUCUCCGCCGUGCUAGUACUGCUACCUGGAAGGGCCCCAGACGCAAGCUUGGAGAUGAAGAGAAUGUCCUCAAAAGCAAGCAGACCCAGGAAACAUCGCAGCAGGGCAAAGUCAAAUGGAGUGUUUAUGGUGAAUACGCCAAGAACAGUAAUAUCAUUGCUGUUGGCUUUUAUCUUUUGGCCCUCUUGGGAGGUCAAACCGCCCAGGUUGCUGGAAGUUACUGGCUUAAGCAUUGGUCUGAGCUCAGUGAAAAGCAGCCGAACCUUUCCAACGGCAAGUACAUCGGCAUCUAUCUGGCCUUUGGUUUGGGCUCUUCUCUUCUGGUCAUUCUCCAAAAUCUCAUUCUGUGGAUCUUCUGCUCUAUCGAGGCCUCGCGUAAGCUCCACGAGCGCAUGGCAUUUGCCAUCUUCCGCUCCCCCAUGAGCUUCUUCGAAACCACCCCGUCCGGACGUAUUCUCAAUCGAUUCUCGAGUGACGUGUAUCGUAUCGAUGAGGUACUGGCGCGGACGUUCAACAUGCUGUUUGGCAACUCGGCCAAAGCAUUGUUCACCAUGGUGGUCAUUGCCUCCUCUACCCCCGCGUUCCUCUUGAUUGUCUUCCCUCUGGGCUGGGUCUACUUCAGCUAUCAGAAAUACUACUUGCGCACCUCUCGCGAACUCAAGCGCUUGGACAGCGUGACUCGAAGCCCAAUCUUCGCACACUUCCAGGAGUCUUUGGGCGGAAUUUCGACCAUUCGCGCAUACAAGCAAGAGGACAGGUUCACACUGGAAAACGAGUGGCGUAUGGAUGCAAACAUCCGUGCCUACUUCCCUUCUAUUAGUGCGAAUAGAUGGUUAGCUGUCCGCCUAGAAUUCAUUGGCUCAGUGAUCAUCUUGACAGCUGCUACACUUUCCAUUGUGUCUGUGUCUACUGGCGGCAAACUAUCUGCCGGAAUGGUCGGUUUGGCGAUGUCUUACGCUCUCCAGAUCACCCAGUCGUUGAACUGGAUCGUACGGCAGACGGUCGAGGUCGAGACUAAUAUUGUCUCGGUUGAGCGUGUCCUGGAAUACGCAAACCUGCCCAGCGAAGCGCCUGAGGUGAUUUUCAAGCAUCGGCCCGCUAUUGGCUGGCCAGCACAAGGUGCGGUGACGUUCAACAACUACAGCACCCGUUACCGUCCCGGACUUGAUCUCGUGCUUAAGGAUAUUACACUCGACAUCAAGCCUCACGAGAAGAUUGGAGUUGUUGGUCGCACGGGUGCAGGCAAGAGCUCGCUAACGCUUGCACUUUUCCGCAUCAUCGAACCUGAUAGCGGCCACAUCAGCAUUGAUGGAUUGAAUGUGUCGACGAUUGGCCUGUUUGACCUGCGGAGCCGUCUCGCUAUCAUUCCCCAGGAUCCAGCCAUGUUUGAGGGAACCGUCCGGGACAAUUUGGAUCCAAGACAUGUGCAUGACGACACUGAACUCUGGAGUGUACUUGAACACGCCCGCUUGAAGGAUCAUGUUGCGCAGAUGGAGGGACAGCUGGAUGCCCAAGUCCAGGAAGGAGGCAAAGCCGAAACUAACUUAGUUGCUGUAGGAUCCAACCUUAGUCAAGGCCAGCGCCAGCUAGUGUCACUUGCCCGAGCACUGUUGACACCCAGUAAUAUUUUGGUGCUUGACGAGGCAACUGCGGCGGUGGAUGUGGAAACGGAUGCAUUGCUGCAACGUACACUGCGCAGCAGUAUUUUCCAGGACCGAACGAUCAUCACGAUCGCGCACCGGAUCAAUACGAUCAUCGAUUCCGAUCGAAUUGUGGUGCUGGACAAGGGUCGGGUAGUCGAAUUCGACACGCCUGCCGCGUUGAUCAAGCAGGAGGGCCGCUUCUACGAUCUGGUCAAGGAGGCUGGUCUGCUUGACAGCAGCGACGGAGUCGCCGCGCUGCAAAAGUCCUAG